CGUCUCGCUCCGCCUGAGGAAGCCGCAGAAGAAACUUUGACCACUUCAGCUGUUAGCUUAGCAGCGGAGACACACAUCUCCGUUAUUGUUUACUACGAGUCACUUAUUUAUUCGACCAGCCCUUUUAAAAAAGAUGUGGUUUAUUUAUUUACUCAGCUGGUUGUCGCUGGUGAUACAGAUAUGUUUCGUUACUCUCGCUAUUGCUGCAGGCCUGUAUUACCUGGCGGAGUUAAUAGAGGAGUACACAGUCGCCACCAGUCGCAUUAUAAAAUAUAUGAUUAUGUUCUCCACAGCGGUUCUGGUCGGGCUCUACGUGUUCGAGGGCUUCCCGACCCUCAUGAUGGGAGUGGGUCUCUUCACAAACCUGGUUUACUUUGGUCUUCUGCAGACGUUUCCAUACAUCAUGCUGACCUCGCCGAACUUCAUCCUGUCAUGUGCACUGGUUGUGUUAAACCACUAUAUGGCCUUCCAGUAUUUUGCGGAGGAGUACUAUCCUUUCUCUGAGGUUCUGGCGUACUUCACGAUAUGCCUGUGGGUGAUUCCUUUCUCGUUCUUCGUGUCUCUUUCUGCCGGGGAGAAUGUGCUUCCGUCCACUGUGCAGCAGGGAGAUGAUGUGGUGUCGAACUACUUCACUAAAGGCAAGCGGGGCAAGCGCUCGGGAAUCCUGCUCAUCUUCUCCUUCCUGAAGGAGGCCGUUUUGCCGAGCCGGCAGAAGAUGUACUGAUGAAGCGGCAGACAUGAG